CACCCACUCUUUAUAUUUGGUUCAAUCGUUUUGGGGCACAUCAAAUUCAAACCUUUCACCUUCUCUUCGUUCUUGGGUUCCUUCUCAUCAACAUGGUUCCUUCUUCUCAAGCUCCCAAGGAGAUUCCCGACCGUGACCAGAAAUGGAAGGCGGAGGCCCCGACACGACAUGCCAAAUGGUGGUACUCCACCUUCCAUACCGUCACUGCCAUGAUCGGUGCUGGCGUUCUUAGCCUGCCUUAUGCCAUGGCUUAUUUGGGAUGGGGACCUGGAACGAUGGCUUUGUUUAUAUCAUGGUGCAUGACUCUAAACACGAUGUGGCAAAUGGUACAACUUCAUGAGUGUGUCCCCGGGACUCGUUUCGAUCGAUAUAUUGACCUGGGUCGAUAUGCUUUCGGCGAAAAACUUGGCCCUUGGAUUGUUCUACCACAACAACUCAUCGUCCAAGUCGGUUGCGACAUAGUAUACAUCGUAACAGGAGGGAAGUGCAUGAAGAAGUUCAUGGAGAUGGCUUGUGUCAACUGUGCUCAAGUCAAACAAUCCUAUUGGAUUUUGAUAUUUGGUUCAAUUCAUUUCUUCCUUUCUCAACUUCCAAAUUUCAAUUCCGUUGCUGGUGUUUCUCUAGCAGCUGCCAUCAUGUCCCUCAGCUACUCGACCAUUGCGUGGGUGGGGAGCCUAAGCCGAGGGCGAAUCGAGAACGUGAGCUAUGCGUACAAGACAACGAGCAUGGAAGAUUCAAUGUUUAGAGUGUUCAACGCCUUGGGGCAAAUCUCCUUCGCAUUUGCAGGACACGCCGUCGCUCUCGAGAUUCAGGCCACCAUACCGUCGACACCGGAGAAGCCCUCGAGGGUUCCGAUGUGGAAAGGCGUGAUCGGAGCGUAUUUUAUCAACGCCAUUUGCUAUUUUCCGGUGGCUUUGAUCGGAUAUUGGGCAUUUGGACAAGAUGUUGAAGACAAUGUUCUUUUGAAUCUUAAACGACCAGCUUGGCUCAUUGCCUCUGCUAACCUUAUGGUUGUCGUUCAUGUCAUUGGCAGCUACCAGGUUUAUGCCAUGCCUGUGUUUGACAUGUUGGAGAGGAUGAUGAGAAAGAGAUUGAAUUUCCCUGAUGGAUUUUGCCUCAAGUUUAUCACUCGAACCGCUUAUGUCGCAUUCACAAUAUUUGUGGGUGUGACAUUCCCAUUCUUCGGCGACCUGCUUGGCUUCUUCGGUGGCUUUGGGUUUGCUCCCACUUCAUAUUUCCUUCCAAGCGUAAUGUGGCUAGUGAUCAAGAAGCCAAAACGAUGUAGUUUCAACUGGUUCAUCAACUGGGUAAGCAUAUUUGUCGGAGUGUUCAUAAUGUUGGCAUCCACUGUCGGGGGGCUGCGCAAUAUUAUAGCUGAUGCUUCCACUUACACUUUCUAUACCUAAUAUAUAUAUAUAUAUCUAAGUUCUUGACGUUGACUUUUGUAGCUUUUUUGACUUAAUUUUGUUAAUGAAUGCAAUGUUACUUUUUGUACUUAAUUUCAUUUUGUUUGUGUUGUUUUUUUUUAAUUAAUUUCUAGUUGGGUGUUCGGAUCGGAAAAAUUUGAUCGACCCAACUGAUAAGUAUAGUUUAAGUUGAGUUAUGAACUUACUUGAAUUGGGUUGGGUUUAAAUAAAUGAACGUUUUUAUCAUGUGUUUUUA